UGAAGACAGAUUUCUAAACAGAAACCUAGAGCUGACCAGAGACUCAGCGAGCUAGAGCUUUCCCUUUGCCAGCUCCUGUCAGAGAGCAGAAGACAAUGCUCCAGGCUCAGGAAUCCCUGACAUUUCACGAUGUGACUGUGGACUUCACCUGGGAAGAGUGGCAGCUCUUGAACCCCGAUCAGAAGAACCUGUACAAGGAUGUGAUGUUGGAGAACUUCAGCCACCUGAAGUUAGUGGGGUAUCAGGCCAGCAAACCAGAUGCGCUCUCCAAGUUGGAACGAGGGGAAGAACCCUGGACAGCACAGGAUGAGCUCCAUGGUCUAGUCUGUGCAGAAUGCAGGCAAGAUGAUGAUUUUCUACAGUGUCACCUGCAAAUUAGUAAAGUUCAGAAGAGUGUGGAACGAUGUGAUGAACCUGACACAUUUGCAAAUAUUGUUAAUCAGAUUGAAGGUCGUUUUCCGCUAAAGCACAAUUGUAAUCUUGAGAAACAUGGAAAACCUUUACAAUUAAAAUUAAGUUUUAAAAACCAAAACAGAAGCUGUGACUUAACUAACUCUGUCGAGUUGAAUGGACAUGGGACACCCAUUCUGCAUGCCAACCAACAGCUGUGUUACCCUGAAAUUAUAUUUCCUUUUGGUACGAAAAACGUCAGUAAUAAAUCCCAGGUCAUUCAGCAACAGAGAACUCACAAUGGAGAAAGACCCCAAGUAUGUACUGAAAGUGGGAAGGCCUUCAUCAGGAUGUCUCUUCUGAGUCAGCAUGAUAGACUUCAUAGUGAGGAGAAUCCUAAUAUAUGCAGACUGAGCGGGAAAGGCUGUUUUAUUAAAUACUGGCUCCCUGAACAUAAUGGAAUUCAAGCAGGACUAAAACAGUGUGAGUGCUCCGAAUGUGACAAAACCUUCCGUAAGAAAUUAGACUUGAAUAUACAUCAGAAAACUCACAUGGGAAAGGAACUUAAUGUAGGUACUGAAUCUGGGGAAAUGUUCAUCAAAAAGUCUCAGCUCACUUGUCAUCACCAAGCUCACACAGGAGAGAAACCUUCUAUCUACAGUGAAUGUUACAGAAACAAUGGCUGUACCACCACCCAUCAGCAAAAACAUGCAGGACAGAAGCCCUAUGUAUGUAGUGUAUGUGGGAAAGGCUUCACAGUGAAAGCAAACCUGGUUGUACAUCAACGGACUCAUACAGGAGAGAAACCUUUUAUGUGUAGUGAAUGCGGAAAAAGUUUCCCCAGGAAGAGCUAUCUGAUUAUACAUCAGCGAUCUCACACAGGAGAGAAACCCUAUGUAUGCAGUGAAUGUGGAAAAACCUUCACAGUGAAGGGGAACCUGGUUGUACAUCAACGUUCUCAUACAGGAGAGAAACCUUAUAUCUGUAAUGAAUGCGGAAAAGGUUUCCCAAGGAAGAGCGGUCUGAUUAUACAUCAGCGAUCUCACACACGAGAGAAACCCUUUGUAUGCAGCGAAUGUGGAAAAAGCUUCACGGUGAAGGCAAACCUGGUUGUACAUCAACGGACUCAUACAGGUCAGAAACACUCUUGCAGUGAAUGUGGAAAAUGCUUCGCUAAGAAGGUCAAACUUGUUUUACAUCAAUGGACUCAUAUAGGAGAGAAUCCUUAUAUGUGUACUGAAUGCGGGGAAGGUUUCAAAGCCAAGUGUGAACUGACCACACAUCAGAGAAAACACGCAGGAGAGAAACCCUUUGUAUGCAGUGAAUGUGGAACAGGCUUCAAAUGGAAGAUGGGCCUGAUUGUACAUCAACAGACUCAUACAGGAGAGAAACCUUAUAGGUGUAGUGAGUGCGGCAAAGGUUUCCCAAGGAAGGACAGCCUGAUUGUACAUCAGCGAAAACACACAGGUGAGAAGCCCUAUGUCUGUAAUGUGUGUGGGAAACCCUUCACCACAAAGAGUGGUCUGAUUAUACAUCAGCGGUCUCACACAGGAGAGAAACCCUAUAUAUGCAGUGAAUGUGGAAAAUGCUUCACAGUGAAGGCAAACCUUGUAGUACAUCAACGGAUUCAUACUGGAGAGAGACCUUAUAUCUGUAGUGAAUGCAGGAAAGGUUUCACCAGAAGGAGCUGUCUAAAUUUACAUCAGCGAUCUCACACAGGAGAGAAACCCUUUGUAUGCAGUGAAUGUGGAACAGGCUUCAAAGUGAAGACACAGCUUGAUUUACAUAAACUAAUUCACACAGGAGAGAGACCAUAUAUCUGUAGUCAAUGCAGCAAACCUUUUCCUGGAAAGAGUUUUCUGAUUGUACAUCAGCGAUCUCAUACAGGAGAGAAACCGUAUGUAUGUAGUGAAUGUGGAAAAAGCUUCAAAGGGAAGAUGGGCCUGGUUGUACAUCAACGGACUCAUACAGGGGAGAAACCUUAUCAGUGCAGUGAAUGCGGUAAAGGUUUCCCAAGGAAGUACAGUCUGAUUGUACAUCAGCGAAAACACACAGGUGAGAAGCCCUAUGUAUGUAGUGUAUGUGGUCGAGGCUUCAUAAUGAAAGGUGAUCUUGUUUCACAUGAGCAAACUCAUUCUUCAGAGAAACAGUAUACAUGUAGUGAAUGUGGGAAGCAAUUCAGCAGGAAGAGAUCGUUGAUUGAACAUCAGCGAAUUCAUACAGGCGAAAAACCUUAUAUGUGUACUGAAUGUGGGAAAGGUUUUAUCGUGAAGCGAUCUCUGACUAUACACCAGCGAUCUCACACAGGAGAGAAACCCUUUGUAUGCAGUGAUUGUGGAAAAGGCUUUCCAGUGAAACUUCAGCUGGUUGAACAUCAGUGGUCUCAUACAGCAGAGAAACCUUUUGUCUGUGGUGAAUGUGGGAAAGGUUUCACCAGGAAGAACCAUCUGAUUCUGCAUCAGCAAUCUCACACAGGAGAGAAACCUUAUAUCUGCAGUGAAUGUGGAAAAGGCUUUUCAAUGAAGAACAGGCUUGUUUUACAUCAACGGACUCAUUCAGGAGAGAAACCAUAUUUCUGUACUGAUUGUGGUAAAAGUUUCACCAGGAAGGACAAUCUCAAUGUACAUCUGCGAUCCCACACAGAAGAGAAACUGUUAAAUGCAGUGAAUGUGGAAAAGGCCUCCCAGUAACGGUGCGGUUGGUUG